CAGGAAGAACUAGUCUUGUUUAUAGCUAAUCUCCAUGUUUCCUUCCUUCUGUAGAUACCACCGUUGCCCGCAUCUCCCAACAAGGCCUUAUGAUCAGACUGAGAAGCCAUGCCUCCUUUCUGAGUAUGCAGAAAAAUAUCCCCUUUAUUCCAGUUUUCAACCCAGGGAAUCAUGUAAACCCAAAGCAGAGUAUAUUAAGCAGCCAGUGCCCAUGGAAGGCAUGUCAACUGCCAGGAGAGAUUAUGUCGCUCAUGAUGUCAAACCUAUAAGACUGAGACCUCCAGACCAAUAUGUCAGAAAUAAUGAAAACAUGGACACACUGUCCACAUACAGGCAGGACUACAACCCUUACCCCCUUAACCGAGUGCCUCCUUGUUUGCCGCGGGAACAAAAUUAUGCCUCUGAUGAGAAGAUGACUGCAAUACCUACGUACAAAGGUGAUUAUGUGGCAUGGAAUCAGCCUAAAAGGGAAAUGAUUAAGCCAGAUACUGCCUACCAUCCCUCGGGUGAAAAAUUUGAUUACCGUACCACUGUGCAGGAUGCUUAUCCCUACAAGGGUCCAGUUGUUACCAAGAGCUUCAAGCCUUUUCAGGUACCCUACAUCUCCAAAGUUCCCUUGGAAAAUAUGACUAACUAUAAGUUGAAUUAUGUGUCACAUCCUUUGGCAAAACGCUACGUCCAUGAACCUGAGCCAUUCAAACCCAGCAAUGUCCCAUUUGAUGGUGUCACCACACACAGUCUGUCUUACAAAGGACUAGCAGGAGAGCCUGCUAAAUCUUUGAAGCCACCUUAUCAAUUGCCAAAGCGGGACAGUCCCUUUGAUGGUACUACUGAAUUUCGGGAAAAGUUCCAAACUUGGCCAUUACCUACCUACUUUACCAGAAAACAUGAUGUCUACACACCACCCAAGAUCAAGAUGGACCUCCAGACAUCCACACAGAUUCAUUAUGGAAAUCCUCAUGGCCAGCCAGCAACAUCAUGUAAGCCAUUGGCCCGUGUUCAACAAAGUGUAGAUCCCUUCGACCACAGAUCCACUAUGAAAGAUGAUUAUCAGCCUUGGCAAUAUGCAAAACCAGAUGCCAUUUUCCCUAAAUCAACGAUCACAUUGCCAGUUGAACCCAUGGACACACUGACCACUUUUAAGACCCAUUAUGUACCUCAUCCACUUUCUGUCACUAAAAGCUUCAAGCCGCCUGUACCUGGGCCAAAGCCACACGCCCCAUUUGAUAAGGAAACCACCUAUGCCACAAGCUAUACCACAAAGAAACCAAUCAUGUGCCCUGCUUCUUUCAAAGAGCCACCUGGUUAUGUAUUUGAAAAGGUUGAUGAAGGUGGCCACAGACAGUUCCGUCCUGCUUCUGUGGCCAAAUCCUGAUGUGUCUCAGAUUCAAAGAUGGCAGAUUGCAAAUGCAGCCUUUC